ACGUCGGUUGUGGCGGGAAAUUGCUUCGGUUGGGCUUUGCGGUUAAGACCCUGCGGCGAGGAAGCCUCACGUUGUAAGGCAAGGUGGCUUAUCCUCAGCAGAAGCGCCAGUGUUUUUCAAAGUGAGAUACUGGCGUCAGCAACAUCAAAAUCACCGGCAUCCAAGCUGGGAUCUGAGCGCCCGCCGGCGCCGCCCGGGCUCCGCCCCUCCCACUCCCUCCCACCCCCGCCUCCCGCCGCAAUCUUGGCGGGAAGACGCCAGCUGUUAAGCGGCGGAAAGAUGUCCGGGUCGCGCGCGGUGGCUGAGAAGGCUGGCUCCAGACAGCGACUCCAGGUGAAGGUGAAUGAAUAUAAAGAAAACCAAAACAUUGAUUUUGUAUCUCCAAGGCCAGUACAGACUACAGUUUUAGGAAAAACAGCUAAGGUGUGUCUUGUCCCCUUUUCACUCAGUAAUUACAAACCAGACCAACUUAAGUGCCCCAAAUCCCUCUUAGAUAAGAAUUCUAACAAUGAAGUGGCGUGUAAGAAAUGUAAGAAGAUUGAAAUAAAGAAAACUUGCAGAAGAAUUUUAACUCCAAAGAUGGAAGCCACAUCUUCCAAGGCAGAAUCCACUCUGCAAAAAUCAUCCUUAGAUGUUCAUACUGAAAGUAACAAGCAAGGACACAAGAGCACUUCAGAUACAGUGAUUCUCAGUGUUGAUAUGGAAAGCAGUCAGGAUGGAGACAGUGAUGAAGAUACCACACCAGGCCUGGAUGAUUUUUCAGGAUUGUCACCGUAUGAAAGGAAGAGACUGAAGAACAUAUCAGAAAAUGCAAACUUUUUUGCUUCUCUUCAGUUGUCUGAGUCAGCUGCAAGGCUCCGUGAAAUGAUAAAGAAGAAACAGCCUCCUGAAUCCAAAAGAAAGAAGCCUAAGAAGAGAGAAAAUGGAAUUGGAUGUAGAAGGUCAAUGCGAUUACUAAAAGUAGAUCCUUCAGGAGUUUCAUUACCAGCAAUCCCAACCAAGCCAACAUUAUUAGUAACAGAUGAAAAUCCUUUGUUACCUCCUGGGCCUUUAGAAAUGACUCCUGAAAAUCGAGAUGAUAACAGUGAACUAUUUAAAGGAUUUCUGCAGACUUGGGCAGAAGUGAACAAGACAAAUAGUAAGAACACUGAGAAGGAGUUAUCUAGCAUUAAAAGCUACAAAGCCAAUUUAAGUGGCAUGGUCAUCAGUGAAGAUACUGUUAAUAAAGUUACCAAAGGCUCAAUAUUGUCUAUAGCUAUCCACCCAUCAGAAAUUAGAACGUUGGUGGCAGCUGGGGCCAAAUCGGGCCAAGUUGGACUUUGGGAUUUGACUCAACAACCUAAAGAAGAUGGAGUUUAUGUUUUUCAACCCCAUAGUCAGCCAGUUAGCUGUCUUUACUUCUCACCUGCCAAUCCAGCUCACAUACUGUCACUGAGCUAUGAUGGCACGUUACGCUGUGGGGAUUUUUCCAGGGCUGUUUUUGACGAGGUGUACAGAGACGAAAGAAGUAGCUUUUCCUCCUUUGACUUCUUGGCAGAAGAUGCCUCCACUUUAAUAGUAGGACACUGGGAUGGAAGUUUGUCAUUGGUGGAUAGACGGACACCUGGAACUUCUUAUGAGAAACUUAUCAGUUCUUCUUUGAGAAAAAUAAGAACUGUUCAUGUCCAUCCAGUGCAUAGACAGUAUUUCAUCACUGCAGGAUUGAGGGAUAUUCAUAUUUAUGAUGCAAGGCGCCUGACUCCCAGGGGAAACCAGCCUUUGAUUUCUUUGACUGAACACACAAAGAGCAUCGCUUCUGCCUAUUUUUCACCUCUUACUGGUAACAGAGUAGUGACCACAUGUGCUGAUUGUAAGCUGAGAAUCUUUGACAGCAGCCGUAUAUCCUCUCAGAUUCCUCUCCUCACCACCAUCAGGCACAACACCAUCACUGGGCGAUGGCUGACCAGGUUCCGAGCUGUGUGGGACCCUAAACAAGAAGACUGUGUCAUAGUUGGCAGCAUGGCCCAUCCACGACGAGUGGAAAUCUUCCAUGAGACAGGAAAGCAGGUGCAUUCUUUUCUUGGUGGAGAAUGCCUUGCCUCUGUGUGUUCCAUUAAUGCUAUGCACCCAAGUCAGUAUGUUUUGGCUGGAGGUAAUUCCAGUGGGAAGAUACAUGUUUUUAUGAAUUAAGAAAGUUGUUGAGUUAAAAGUUUAGCAACAUCAAUUUGUUCAAAUUAAUCAGUGUCUAAGGAGCCUAGUAAUUUGUGUGGCUUAGUCUGUUUACUUGGUAAUAUGUUCUAUUUAGCAAAUAUAAAAUUGCUUUAUUAAUAAGAACUAUGAGCAGAAUGUACUUUGAGUAAGGGAGAAGGCUUGGAGGUUGUUUCUGCAGGAUGGGGAGGGAAUUUAAGGGGAGACUGUGAUGCCUUCAGCACUUUUAAUCUGGCAAUAUGUUGAGAAAUUAUAACAUAAAUUAUAAAGCUUUGAAUUCUCAGUAUUAAAAGUUUUGUGGUCCUGUGAUAUGGUUGUGAUUCUAUAGUGAUAUAAAGAUUUGUAGUUUAUUUUAUAGUUUGGAGUGAAUAUUUAUUUCUAGACUCACACUGGAAGGGGUCCUGAAAGGUCCUCUAACUCAUUGAUUUUGUAACUUUUUAUUUUUUUAACCAAGAACUGUUUUUUCCCCCUGCCUCUCAAUUAAAUCUUAUGUGAAAUCUCAAGAUAAUUGCUGAGAAGCUUUGGUUCACUUGGGCAGGGCCUGGGUCUGUGUGUGCUGACCCUUUCCCUUCCCCCUCCUCCGGAUGGUUCCUGAGACACAGCCCAGGAAUCCCAGGGCUCCUAGGCACAGGGUUUGGAUCUACUGGAUCCCUGAAAUCCAGUGUGAGAUUGCCUCAGACCAGUGUUUUCCAGACUAUGGGUUGUAGCUCUUCACACAAAAUCAGUUCAGUGGCCCUGACCAGCAUUUAAAAAGAUGAAAAGGAAAGCAAUAGUAAAGAAUAGGAAACAUACUUAAAAUAAGUAUUGUUUUGUGAAACUUAGUUAUGUAUGCAUACAUAUUUGUAGGUAUAUAUGACUAUGUACAUUCUGAUGUAAAAUGUGUUUCUUUAUUUCUGUGGUACUGUGGGUCAUGGUUAAAGAAGUGAAAGUUUCUGCCUUAGAAGGUCCCAGACAGUCUUAUCUGUCCUUGUGUUUAAACUCUCCAGAGGAGAUUCAAUAGCCUGUUAAGUGAAUAGCUUUAUUCCUAUUCAUAUUUAGGAGAAACGUUAUGAAAUAGCACUUCUGGCAUUUCUUCAUAAAAAUAUUUUUUUUCAGAAGUUAUAGCAAAAUUUGAAUGUAUCUGUUGGAAGGGGAGCUACUAAAUCAGUGACUAAUAUUACCAUGUGACAUUACCUAUCCAACUUUUUUCAUUGUUCUUCAUUGCCAAACUACUACAGAAAGACUAUUGUAAAUAGCUUCAGCAAUAUGUUUGAAUUCAAAGAGGAAAUAUUAUCUUCUCAUAAUUGUAUAUCACAGAAAUAAAGUGACAUUUAUAAUUUCCUUGAAGAAUAAUUUUUUUCCUAUAUAAUUUCCUUCUCUGUAAUUAUAAUCUAAGUUUUUGAGGCUUAGUUUGUUAAUAGGUUGUGGAUAUUCAUAAGAAAUAGGAGUUCUCUAUUUUCUUGGUGAUAUGAGUACAAGAAUUGAUAAGCAAGAUGAAAAAAGAGGGAUACUCAUUUUAUUGUGCUUUGAUUUAUUGCACUUCACAGAUAUUGUGUUUUUUUUACAAGACCCUUCACCAGCAAAAAGAUUACUACUCACUGAAGGCUCAAAUGAUGGUUAGCAUUUUUUAGUAAUGAUGUAUUUUUUAAUUAAGGUAUGUACAUUCUUUUUUUUAGACAUAAUGAUAUUGUAUUCUUAAUAGUAUAGUGUAAACAUAACUUUUAUAUGCACUGGGAAACCAAAAAAUUCAUGUGACUUGCUUUAUUGCGACAUUUGCUUUAUUACAGUGAUCUGGAACCAAACCCACUAUAUCUCUGGGAUAUGCCUAUAUUAAUUUAUGAAAUGGAAAGUAAAGCUAAGUGAAGUUGAGUUAUAUUUAAACUGUCCUGGAAAUAGUAAAGAAAGCCUUUAGGCUCCUUUUCUCUUCUAUACCACUUAAUUUCACAGGUUCUGGAGUGGCUAGUUCUAUGGCAGUUAUUCUUUCUGUAAGAUGUUGAAAACUACUCUUAAUCAAAUUAGUACCGUCAUUUAAGCUUUGAAUACUUGGUGGUAAUUGCCUGGCUUCUGCAAUAAAUGUUAGCAAAUUCUU